AAGGUUUCAUGGCUUAAAACUACUCUUCAACUUGGUCAUCACUCAGCAGUUCACUUUUGGUAAGAAAAACUCUGGAUCAACGCCGUACGAACAAAUCUUUCGGUUCUCACAAAUAUAUAUUGCAUUUAAUCAAUCUUGCUCGUUUUAGUGUGCAACUGUUCAGACAAAAACAACAAGCAAGCGUCAGACCUGUAUAUUAUUAGCUGGCACGAUGAGUCAAUCCAAAAUACUAGCUUUGGGAAACCAAUUCAAUAUAGGAACUCUUUACAAUUACGUUGAAGAUGUCAUCGUACAAGGCAUGAACCUUUGGGCCCCAGCAGAUGUGAAACGUCGCAAAGUAGUUACCGAGGUAAAGAAAGAAAAUGUCAAACUUCACUGGAUAGAAGCUGGGCAAAGAAAUGACAGCAGAGAAAAUGAAGACAACAGGUCUGAAGACGAGCCGUGGUUGACUCGUUUGGGAAUGGACGACCAUUCUGCAAUGAGUUUCAUGGCCGGUGUUCUGCUCCCACCAUCUUUUGGAGGAGCCUGGCAAUACGUGGCCGAUUCAGUAACUGAAUCUUUCCUACUUGACUCCAAAAUGGUAAUUCAUUGCUAUCGUUCCAAUAAGAAAGUCCAAGUUAGUCCAAAUGGACUAGAAAUUGUCUGCCGGCCCAAAAAACUGAUCGAGUCCAAGGCCACUCAUGUCGUCGUGGGCCUCAUUUACGGUCAAGAAUCUUUUUGUAUUUUCUCUCGCCAACAAAACCCAAAUUCACAAAUUGAGGCGAUCGACGACGAAAGAAUGAAAAACUAUGCCAACUUAUUUCGCGAAGGUCUCUCGGUUGACCAAAGUCUACAAGAGUUGGAAGAAGAAUGUAACGAGGACGGCGAUGGCCGUCCCUUUUUCCAAACGGAUUUGAACUGUACUCUUUAUACACACACGAAAGGUGGAAGAAACGGGACAUUGAAGCCCGUUGCCGAGCAAUACGAAGCUUGCAGAAAGAUGCUGUACGAGGAAGGCCAGGCUGUCCCGCUGAGAGUAUUGCUUUACCCACUUUACAAGCUACUGCCGAACGAGGCAGGUAUCAUCAAAAUGCCGGAGAAUCGGACGGGCAAGUCUCGAGAAAAUGAAAUCGGCAUUUCCCACGACGUUGUAAUUCGCUGCCAGAAGAUGUGGAACCGUUUGAAACGUGUUCGUUUAGAAACGGACUCGAUAAUGGCGGAGCUAAACAACCAAUGGAUACCGAAAACCAUUCUGAAAAACGCGAAAGAUUUUAGCCAGUGUUUCAAGACAUUCACAUUGGCUUUAAAGAAGCAUUGGUAUGAAUUAAUCCUUUCCAUCCGAAGAGGCUGUCGCUCAGCAAAAGAAGAAAAUGUUAUCGAAAUAAUUGAAAUUAUCGAAAGCAAAUCGCCGUUCGUCGCGAAAGAAUUCGAACAUUGGCUUAAUUAUAAAAAAAAAACAAUCAAGACUUUUGAGAUGCUGGCAAACUUCCCCGGUGUGUGUUUCUUAUCAGCAACUGAUCAACUUGAUAGAGAAAUUAGAAGCAAAGGACAGAAUCGAACAGCAGUCGUCCUUCAUUUACCCAAUCUACCCGGGCAGUCGGAACAUUUCAUCCAAACAUUAAAAUCUUACGUUGAAGCAUCUAAUAAAUCAAAACCACCAAGUGGGAUUCUAUGGGAACAUCACUGUGAAAAAAUGCUGGGUUCGAAUGCUGUAAAAAAAGGAUUUUUUUCGGUUUGUCAAGAAUUUUCCGACUGGGUAACCAGUUAUAAUCGUGACUCCACUAACGUCCAUUAUUUCCUCUUUUAUGACGAACGGCCCGUUUCCGGUGACGGAUUACCUUUCAUCCGAUUGUACGAUUGCGGUUCAGGAGUGGACCUUCCAAUGAAAUUCUCCAUCCCCGAGGAUCCUGGAGAAGUCACAGUGAAUAAAAAUCGGCGGGGUGUAAUUAGAUUAAACUGGACGGCCGAAAAAAUGGAUAAGAAUUUUCUGUUACAGUACCGCAACGUCAACACAUCUGAUGAGUGCUGGAAAUCAAUUUCAAAUUUUUCAAAUGAAAUAACAAUCGAUUUCCUGCAGCCGGAUGAGAGUUACUUCUUCAGGGUUGCUAGACUGACACAGGGAGGUAAAAGUCCAUUCGGCCCAAUCAGCUCUGAGAUAACAAUCGAUCCUGUUUACCAGCGGCCAACAGAUCUUCAGUGUAUUUCCGUGACCGACACAACUAUCGCCAUUUCCUGGAACCAAGUGAUUCCAGAAGAAGAUGAAGUCUGCGAUGCCAGCCGAGUAGCAAAGGAAGAAGAAAAUGCCAAAUCGUUUCAACUGAGCGGUUUCAUGAUUCAUUGCUGGGAAACUGGCAAUCGAGAAUCCACCCUCAUCCAAAGAUCAACAUCAGAUAAAUCAAUUGAACUGCAUCAUCUUAAUGUCGGCAGCCUUUACAGCAUUCAGGUUAGAGUGGUGUACACGGACUCGACGGGCUCAAAAUUCUUUAGUUCACCUGCGAUUUUACAAGCGAGGACAUUGCAAGUCGCAGAACGACCGGCACAUAUAGUUCGUCGCGUCAGUCAAAAGAGUUCGGGGAGCUCUGUGAUUGAUACCAACAAUUUACCACUCAAGAAAGUUAACGAUGACAAGAUACAAGGUGUCGGUCAUUACGUUUUCGGCGAGAAAAGUGUCAUGGCACUUGCCGGUAAACAUCGGAAAAGGACAAUUCUGAUGGUGGGAGCCACUGGAACAGGCAAGAGCACUCUAAUCAACGUAUUGGUCAAUUACAUGCUGGGAAUUGAGUGGAACGAUGACUUCCGCUUCAAAUUGAUCGAUGAACCGGACACGAAAUCGCAAGCGCACAGCCAGACGGAGCUGGUGACCACCUACGACCUGUACGAAAUGAAAGGGUCCCGGUUGGGCUAUUCUCUGACAGUCGUGGACACGCCGGGAUUUGGCGACACACAGGGACUGGAGCAAGACAACAAGAUUAUGCAACAAAUUGAAUCCUAUUUCAAGUGUAAGCACAGUAUUAAGCAAUUAGAGGCCGUCUGCUUAGUCGUCCGUUCGUCACUAUCCCGGCUGACGCCCACGGAAAAAUAUAUUUUUGAUUCCAUCUUGUCUAUUUUUGGCCAAGACAUCAAGGACAAUAUCCGUCUGAUGGUGACAUUUUCUGACAACUCAGAGCCACCCGUUUUGGAAGCCAUUAAAAUAGCAAAUAUUCCGUGUCCUAUUGAUCCAGCAACUGGAACGAUAUUUUAUCACAAAUUUAAUAAUUCCGUUUUCUACGAGAGCAACAGAAACGACCACGAAACAAAUCAAGUAAACGAAACCUACUUUAACAUGACUGUAAAGGCUUUCGAGAAAUUCUUUAAUGAUUUGGGUCAAAUGGAAACAAAGUCUUUGACGAUGACCCGUGAAGUUCUCGAGGAGCGAAAGCGACUCGACUUUCUUGUUGAAGGCCUUCAAACAAAAAGUGAACUCAAGUUGACGCAAGUGGAAGAGCUCGAACAAAUCAAAAAAGCUCUAAAAGAAAAUCAAGAUCAAAUGGAAGCCAACAAAUAUUUUGAAUUUGAAGUCGAGUUUCUCGUUCCAAAGGAGACGGACAUUAGCGGGACAGGCCAAUUUACAACUAACUGUCAGACAUGUCAAACAACUUGUCACUUUCCUUGUCAGCAGGCCAGCGACGAAGGGAAACACCUUUGCUCUGUCAUGGAUUCCAGUGGUACAUGCAUGAUUUGCAAAUGCCCCUGGAAUGUUCACUUCAAUCAAAAGUAUAGGUACGAAAUGGUCAAAGAGAAAGUCAAGCGUUCAUCGGACGCCAUCCGCAAACAGUACCAGGGAGCAGCAGAUGAGACACUAACGAAUGAAAGGCUGCUAGAAAACAUCAAGAAAGAGAUUGCCGAGCAUGAGAAACAACUGUUGGCGCUUACGCAAGCCACUUAUCAACACAUUCGGCGUCUAAACGAAAUCGCCCUGCGACCUCAUAUACUAUCAACCUCAGACUACAUCGACCUGUUGAUAGAUGGCGAGAAAAAAAAGCCUCACUCAGAACGCAAUCAAAGAAUUUCCACGUUGCAGAAGCUCCGCAAGAAAUCCGAAAUGAUCAAGAAAUUGAUACAAGAACAGCAGACAUAACAAUGGCAGCGCCUACAACAACCUUCAAAAUCCACGUCUACAAUGACCUCGAUCUUUUUCUCUUGUUUGUCUGUAACGGUGCACAAGCGAAUCAAUAAACUAAAAGACAUAAUC